AUGCGUGUCAUCGUCGGCCUUCUGCUUUGUGUCACCAUUGUACUCUGUGUGGGUCCUGUUGGCGGAAGGAAUGUCAACAGAAGAUGUAAGGCUAAAUCGUUUACAGACACCACAUCGUCAUGCGACCAGGAACCAAACAGCAACGGGUACCCCCACGGAACUGUCUGCAUCUUCAGUUGUAGACUGGGAUGUGUGAAGGACAAAGGCGCCACACGGAGGGUAUGCAAGGUCGUGAAGCGGUCAAAAUGGUGGACUGGAGGACGGGGUUUGACGUGUUUGUGUAAACCCUGUGCACACGCCCCGCCUACCGUACCGAACACGACUGGUCCGAACUGUGCAUCCCCCUACAGUGCCGGUACCGCCUGCACCUAUCAAUGUCUCCCCGGGUUUACUAAGGCAGGCGGAGAUGACAACAAGAUAUGUGUGAAUGGGGGAUGGACGGGUGAAGACCUUGUUUGUGUCGCGAGUGAUGAGUGUGCUUCUGACCCGUGCAACAAUGGCGGCACCUGUACAGACGGAGUCAACGGUUAUACCUGUGACUGUGCGGCAGGAUAUGAAGGGGACAACUGUGAAACAGAUAUCGACGAGUGUGCUUCUGACCCAUGCAACAAUGGCGGCACCUGUACGGACGGAGUCAAUGGUUAUACCUGUGACUGUGCGGCAGGAUAUGAAGGGGACAACUGUGAAACAGAUAUCGAUGAGUGUGCUUCUGAUCCAUGCAACAAUGGCGGCACCUGUACGGACGGAGUCAAUGGUUAUACCUGUGACUGUGCGGCAGGAUAUGAAGGGGACAACUGUGAAACAGACAUUGACGAGUGCGAAAGUGAUCCCUGUGAGAAUGGGGGAACGUGUGUCGAUGACAUCAACGGUUAUAUCUGUGAUUGUGCGGAGGGAUAUACAGGGGACGAUUGUGAAACAGAUAUUGAUGAGUGUGCUUCUGACCCAUGCAACAAUGGUGGCACCUGUACGGACGGAGUCAACGGUUAUACCUGUGACUGUGCGGCAGGAUAUGAAGGGGACAACUGUGAAACAGACAUUGACGAGUGCGAAAGUGAUCCCUGUGAGAAUGGGGGAACGUGUGUCGAUGACAUCAACGGUUAUAUCUGUGACUGUGCGGCAGGAUAUGAAGGGGACAACUGUGAAACAGACAUUGACGAGUGCGCAAGUGAUCCCUGUGAGAAUGGGGGAACGUGUGUCGAUGACAUCAACGGUUAUACCUGUGACUGUGCGGCAGGAUAUGAAGGGGACAGCUGUGAAACAGAUAUCGAUGAGUGUGCUUCUGAUCCAUGCAACAAUGGUGGCACCUGUACGGACGGAGUCAACGGUUAUACCUGUGACUGUGCGGAGGGAUAUGAAGGGGACAACUGUGAAACAGAUAUCGAUGAGUGUGCUUCUGACCCAUGCAACAAUGGUGGCACCUGUACGGACGGAGUCAACAGUUAUACCUGUGACUGUGCGGCAGGAUAUGAAGGGGACAACUGUGAAACAGACAUUGACGAGUGCGCAAGUGAUCCCUGUGAUAAUGGCGGAACUUGUUUCGAUGACAUCAACGGUUAUACCUGUGACUGUGCGGCAGGAUAUGAAGGGGACAACUGUGAAACAGAUAUCGAUGAGUGUGCUUCUGAUCCGUGCAACAAUGGCGGCACCUGUACAGAUGGAGUCAACGGUUAUACCUGUGACUGUGCGGCAGGAUAUGAAGGGGACAACUGUGAAACAGAUAUUAAUGAGUGUGCUUCUGAUCCCUGUCAAAAUGGCGGCACCUGUACAGACGGAGUUAACGGUUAUACCUGUGACUGUGCGGCAGGAUAUGAAGGGGAUAGCUGUGAAACAGAUAUCGAUGAGUGUGCUUCUGAUCCGUGCAACAAUGGCGGCACCUGUACGGACGGAGUCAACGGUUAUACCUGUGACUGUGCGGCAGGAUAUGAAGGGGACAACUGUGAAACAGAUACCAAUGAGUGUGCUUCUGAUCCAUGCAACAAUGGCGGCACCUGUACAGACGGAGUCAACGGUUAUACCUGUGACUGUGCGGCAGGAUAUGAAGGGGACAACUGUGAAACAGAUAUCGAUGAGUGUGCUUCUGACCCGUGCAACAAUGGUGGCACCUGUACAGACGGAGUUAACGGUUAUACAUGUGACUGUGCGGCAGGAUAUGAAGGGGACAACUGUGAAACAGACAUUGACGAGUGCGCAAGUGAUCCCUGUGAGAAUGGGGGAACUUGUGUCGAUGACAUCAACGUUUAUACCUGUGAUUGUGCGGAGGGAUAUACAGGGGACCAUUGUGAAACAGAUAUCGAUGAGUGUGCUUCUGAUCCGUGCAACAAUGGUGGCACCUGUACAGAUGGAGUCAACGGUUAUACCUGUGACUGUGCGGCAGGAUAUGCAGGAGAUAACUGUGAAACAGUUGUCGUUGAUGGCCACUGGGCAUCAUGGGGAUCCUGGGUAAGUUGUGACGUCACAUGUGGGGGCGGAGUCCAGACUAGAACCAGGACCUGUACCAACCCUGCACCGACUAUCGGAGGGACGGACUGUGUAGGGAACCCAUCCCAGACCCGGCCAUGUAAUGACUGGCAGUGUCCAGAUUGUAGUCGUGUUUGCGAGGAAGGGACACUGACCGCUGCCUGUGACACCUGUACCUGUGACGGCCAUGUACUCACCGGACACGUGACAGACAACAGACGUGUGCCACUCAGUGAUGCGGACAUCUUCUACGCUGAGAAUCCGCUCGACAGUGUUGCCUCUACCGAUGGGAUGGGAGACUUCAUGUUGUCCGGGGCUUGCGCACAAGGUGUAGAGAUCAUCGUGAGAAGGACGGGGUAUUUCGAAGCUCGUGCGAACUCCACACAACAUAAUGCCACGACGUCGUCCGUGAGAGUCAACAUGACAGCUAUAGUGAAACCGAUCAUAACUGAACAUCCACAAUCGAAAAAGAGAAUCGCUGGUCAGGACGUCACGUUCUGCUGUGCAGCACAUGGCAGCCCCACGAUCUCUUCAUACGAAUGGUUCAAAGACGGACAGGUGCUAGAUCAGGCCAUGUAUGACUACAACGACACCCUCACCAUUGAAGGUCUGACUGUAGACGACUCCGGCGUGUAUCGGUGUCGAGCCAACAGCGAUGCCGGGGCCAAAUAUUCACAGGAGGCAACACUUGAGAUCGAAGAAAGCGACAUGAGCUCCUGUCCAGCACAGCCCGAAGAGAACGUGAUCAGCCUUCCUGAUGACUGCGUGCAGGAGGACACCAACAGUACCGGGUACGACAUCGGCACCUGCGGAGGGGACGACUGUGUCGGAGACUUGGGUGGAGAGGACAAGAUGUGUGUAGACACCAAGAGAUUCUGCUGCGUUCCUACCAGUACAGAGACACGUACGGUACAGUGUUCUGGUUAUAGUUUGAAUGUCACCGUUACAACAGAAUGCGGGUGUGGGAGCUGUGUUAAAACCUUUACCAAACGUAUCCAGGGUCGUGCCUACGGUGUGAACAAUACAAACAACGCCAGCACAGAGGUGCCGCUCACGUUUGGUGCAGUUAUCAAGGACGGACAGGUAGUGGAUUACACCAGUGAUACAGGGGCGUUUGAAUUUACCACACAAACGACUGCUAGUAAGAUUUCCUUGACGUUUCGAGAUUAUUUCAAGGAGUUGGUGACUAGUACCAGAGUGCUUUCCCUUACCGAUAGUGACACGUUAAACUUUGAUGUUGUUCUGAAGUUGAGACCUCCUCCGGUAACGUUAAUGAGUUCAGAGACAAGUGUCAUAGACUUGGGGACAGUGGAUGGGGUUGAUCCUCUUGCAGAGGUAGAUAUUCCCGCUAAUUCCUUCUUCACGGCGGAAGGGAAAGCGUAUGAGGGGGAGGUAAAGGCCUCUGUAUCGUUCAUUGACCCCAGAAAUCCUGACGACUUUGAUUUUAUCCAAGGAGAGCUAACAGCUGUUGACGUAGAGGGGGAAGAAAAUACAAUGCAGACCUUCGGUAUGUUCAAUAUGGACUUUGAAACUGAAGACGGCGACGUCCUAGAACUCGGCGCCAAUCUUACCGUCCACAUAGAUCCCUCUCAGUCAAAUAUUGACAUCAAUUACGUGGAUGAAAAUGGUAAUUUGAGAACGAAGAUAUGGAUUUUGGAUACUGAGAGUGGUCUAUGGCAAGAGGCGGGAAAUCUUAGGGUGGGUUCAGCAUCAAGGAGGAGGAAAAGGUCAACAUUCAUCAUCGGGGAGUUUGAGUACGUUGCUGAUAGUCCGUGCAAUUUUGAUCGAAUUGAACCGUAUGAAAGGCGCUGCUACGUCAAGGUCCACGCCUACGAUAGUGUUGAAAGCUUCCUCCGUACCAUGGCCACAGGCAGAGCUACAGGUGUUGUCAAUGGUGCAGACGUUGCAGUGAUAACAACGAGCAACAGGGGUGGAUUCAGUUACGGUAACUCCUUGAGUGUGUAUCGAACUGGAAGAAUAUACGGGAAAGAUGGGAUAUGCUUAGAAACCCUUUGCGAGCCCAGCGGCAAUGAUUUCAGUGCUAAAGUUCAUGUGGUGAAAUCUAGAAUGCAUUUCAAGGCAGUGGACAAAAGUCUGUAUUCAGGAUUUAGCACAGAUCUCUACAAUAGUAUUGAUGUGCAAGACGAUAGUAAAACUUUGAGCUUUGAUGUGUUUAGACCAGAGCAUAGUAAUGGUCCCGUGUACAGAUAUAACGAUAGAGUUCGCGUCCGAAGCCGAUGGUGGUAUUGGUAUUAUUAUUAUGUUAACAGAUGCUCUAGCUCGACGGUAGCUGACAAUCACUUUGCCUUUGUAAACACCGCGUAUCAACCAUACGUCUUCCCACCGUACACUUUCGAUCAGAACCAGUACAGUCAACCGAUUACUGUCACGUCUUGGUACCCCAAUGAAAACGACCUUAAAGAGGUUUGCUUAAUCAAAGUCUACGUGAAAUUUCAGAACGAGCAUGCAACCACCGAAAUUCGCGUUACGAGUAAGGGUGGAGGCGUGUAUGAGCCUAACACUGGUGUAACCUAUGGUAUCAGAGAGGAUAGGACAACGUCAAAUCCCAAUGAUCCAACAUCAGGUUUUGUCUGUGUUGAAUUCAAAUGCCCAGGUCCAAUUCUCGAGACCCAAACUAGUGGUACUAGCCCCCAGCCUCCUUACCCUGGGGCAAACGACAAUACUAGAAUAACUAUUGUCGCAAGGAGCAGUAUUUGUCACUAUGAUAGACGGUUUUCGUCCAGAACAACAGAGGGGAUAGACAAUGACUUACUGAAUGAUGUAAGCGACGUUGUCAGAGAUGGGAACACCAUUGAAUUCACUGUUCCCAACGGUAACGACUUCGGUAGGGACCAGGGCAUUUUUAUCCAGACAGGCAGCGGAGAUACCGGUUAUCGCAAGGCUUUAGAAUAUUGCCGCAGUGGGUCUGACGCCGGUGGGUUUGGAAAGCCACUCGUUUAUGAAAACUUCCAUGCCAUCAGGUUUAAUUGCCCUGAUGUUUAUGAGGGUCCUACCACUGAGGAACCAUGGACCACUGUCCCUGACAGCAGCACAUGGAACAUCGGCAGCACACAUGAUCCAUGGACCACUAGCCCUGACAGCAGCACACAUGAUCCAUGGACCACUAGCCCUGACAGCAGCACACAUGAUCCAUGGACCACUAGCCCUGACAGCAGCACACAUGAUCCAUGGACCACUAGCCCUGACAGCAGCACACAUGAUCCAUGGACCACUGGCCCUGACAGCAGCACACAUGAUCCAUGGACCACUAGCCCUGACAGCAGCACACAUGAUCCAUGGACCACUAGCCCUGACAGCAGCACACAUGAUCCAUGGACCACUAGCCCUGACAGCAGCACACAUGAUCCAUGGACCACUAGCCCUGACAGCAGCACACAUGAUCCAUGGACCACUAGCCCUGACAGCAGCACACAUGAUCCAUGGACCACUGGCCCUGACAGCAGCACACAUGAUCCAUGGACCACUAGCCCUGACAGCAGCACACAUGAUCCAUGGACCACUAGCCCUGACAGCAGCACACAUGAUCCAUGGACCACUGGCCCUGACAGCAGCACACAUGAUCCAUGGACCACUAGCCCUGACAGCAGCACACAUGAUCCAUGGACCACUAGCCCUGACAGCAGCACAAAUGACCCAUUGACCACUGACCCUGACAGCAGCACAUGGAACAUCGGCAGCACACAUGAACCAUGGACCACUGGCCCCAAGAGUAGCACACAGGAUAGCAAUAAUCCCUGGACCGUUGAUCCUGAUUAUAGAGGAUGAUGACAACCCACCCUCCCCGUGUCAGUGUAGAUUAGGUUUAUUAGCAGCUAGCUGGUGCCGACACUUCUUAAGGUGCUAAGGUAACAUCUUUUCAGAGUCACUGACGAAAGAUAACAGAUGCUUCCUGAAACUGACUGUUUCCAAAAUCAUAUCCCGUUGCUUGAGUAAUUGCUAUUUGGCGUGGAUUAUAAUGAUAUUUGGUAUGUGGAUGAGGUUAGGAAGACGAAGGUCAUUGUCGAUUUGGUGCCCCUAGUGUGAGUUCCGCAGAAAUUCCGUAUUUUUGAUGCCGGACAUGCUAUGCAGCUAUGGUCUUGAUUUUUUUUGCAAACUUGGAAAAAGAUUGCUUUUGAGUAGUGGUGUAGGUUUGGGCCCCUAGCAUUUUGCUCUGGAAUAUUUUUGGGGCAUUUUUGUUUAAAAAUUUCAAGGAGGAUAACUGAGCAAAGGAAAAAAAUAAUGCAUUCCAAGAUCUUCGGUAUGCAGGUAGCCUCGAGAGAGAAGUAUGAAAUUAAAUACGAAUUAGGAAUUGAAUAAUGAAUGAUAAAAAUCUGUAAUAUUAGACUACUGUUGUCUAUCUUAGGACUUCCAUAUAUGUAACGCAUGUAGUUUAUGGCGGGUGGGAAAAUGGCAGUUACAUGUACCUAUUCAUUCAUUAAUCAUAUCAUGCCAAUAAGAGUCUAAUUUGCAUAAUUAAUUCCUUAUUGAUAAAUUGUGGGAAUUACAUUUUAGUUACCAAUACAUGCGAGACAGCAUUUGAAAACGGGAAGCCAAUUCUCUGAUUGGCUGACAGCUGGUCGGGG